UACUGUAUAUUACUCUUGCAAAGUACAAUCAGAGCACUUUGUAUUUACAGUGGAUUUAUCUGCCAAUAUUGCAGCGAAGGAUAGAACAGAGCUAGUUUCACAGCACUUCAUUUCUAUAUAGCUUUGUUGGAUAUGCUAACUAUUUGCAUCCCCUUUUUUAAACAGAUAAAUCAUAGUGAUGACUUUUUGAAACAGCUUUCUUUGGAAGAGGAAAAUUACAACAUUCAUCUAAAAUAUGAGGGAGUUAAAAGAAAGCUAGAAGAAAUUGAAUUGCAAAACAAAGAACUGGAAAAUCAGUUGGUGAAUCAAGAAGAUAGCCUUCAGAAAACUGAACUGCACUUCAAACAGAAACUUGUUGAAUAUGAUGCUUUAGCGAGACAGUUGGAAGCUGCUUUGGAAGAUGGAAGGAAACAGGUAAAAUUAAUAUUGACGGCUGAAUGUUUUGUUAGUGAAAUAUGCAUAACUGCAAAGAUCCAUAUAUAA